AUGGGGAGGAGUAUAAAGUUGUCUUCCAUCGGGUCAGUUGAGGGGCUUCAAUCGAGAGUCGCUCUGUUGUACGGAUUUCAGGCAUCUUCGGUUUCUAUAGAGAUGUCGUAUUGGAUUGAAGAUCCUAUUGCCGAGCUGAAUGGUAAAGGGACACAACCUGUCCAAAUCGUCUGCGACAAUGAUGUAAGAGUUUUGAAGGUCCUGCAUUCGGCAGAUAAGUCUGUCAACACUUUCGUCACAGUGAGGGAGAGAGUCGGAGGGUCAUUGGUUAUUUUGGGUCCAAAGGAAGGUAUUGCAACCGAAAUAAUGAGGAGAAGAGAUUGCCCACAGAUAAGUGAUGGAAAGCGACGUGGCGAAGAAUGUUCUGCAAAUGGAGUCGGGGUUGAAACGGAAUUGACCGUAGAGGAAAUCAUGAUAAGUGACGAAAAGCGAGGUGGCGAAGAAUGUUCUGCAAAUGGAGUUGAGAUUGAAAUGGAAUUGACCAUAGAGGAAAUCAUGGUUAGAGACGCAGAGGCAUUUGAGGCGGAUAUGGAAAGAAAGGCUAUGAUGACCGCAACAGAAGCCGCCGGAGUGCGUGGGAGUGAUAGCAGUAGUAAAACAGGGGAAGGCGUUGAAAUUGAAACUGCGAAAGCACCGUCAGAAGAGGUCGUAGUGGAAAGCGUGGAUGAAAAAGAGAAAGAGGAGAACGAAGAGGAAGACGAGGAAGAUGAAGACGAAGAUGAUGAAGAAGAGGACUGUGGUGAAGACAAUGAAGGAGACGGAGAUACUGAUUGA